AGAGACACCAACACAGUUGCUGAGAUAGUCAGAGAUGGCAGCUGAACACGCAGCAGCUCACGGUGUUGAUUUGUAAAGCUCAGCCGCCAUGUCUAAAGCGACGGUGAAGAAGCUGCACUGGCGCUCCAAGGUGCAGGAGAGCUUCGUCCCGCUGGGCGGCGGCACCGGCGGCUCGGGGGAGCUGGGGCUGGCCAUCGGAGGCGGGGCUGACUAUGGCGAGUUCCCGUUCGUCACGGCCGCCCCUGGGGGCGGGCCCACGGUGGGUGACAUCAUCCUGGAGAUCGGCGGGACACCUGUGUUGGGAAUGACCCUCGGUGAUGUCAGAGGAGUCCUGAACUCCUGUCCUCAUCCAAUCAGAAUCAAGACUGUCUCACCAGGCUCAUCUCUGUGUAAAGACCUCAGGUUGUACCUCAGUAAGUGUUUCACGCCGGGCUCCAUGGACAGUCAGCUGCAGCAGCUCAUCAGGGAGAACCUGUACCUGCGCGCCGUGCCCUGUACGACCAGGCAGCCUCGAGAUGGAGAGAUUUCAGGCGUGGACUACAACUUUGUCUCCAUCGAGGAGUUUUUCUCUCUGGAGGAGUCCGGAGCUCUGCUGGAGAGCGGCAAAUUCAAAGGGAAUUAUUAUGGGACGCCCCGGCCCGUCCACAUUGGCCCAGAGAGUCCACCAAUCACAUACCAGGAACAUCGAAACCUGCUGAGGAACUUCAGGACAAGGAGCAAGUCUCUGAGUAACCUGGAGAAAGCUGUGGAGGAAGGAGACAACAGUGAGGAGGACAGCGGCCUGACGGGAUCAGCUGGAGCCCCUCCCACAACCCUGCCUCUUAGCCAGUCAUGGGAGUCCACAAUAGGAAUGGAGAAUGGAGGAGGGGGAAGAGGAGUAGGGAGGGGAAGAGCAGGAGUGGGAGGUCCGCUGCCGGAAAACUGGGAGCUGGCAUACAGUGAUUCAGGGGAGCCGUACUACAUCGACCAUAAUUCAAAGACAACCAGCUGGCUGGAUCCUCGAACUCAGAACAAAGAGACGACGUCUUCUACAGAACUCCCAGAGUUCACCGACCAGCCCAGUCAGCUGAAGGGCUACUCCAUCCACACUCGGCUCUCUAAAGGUCCUCGAGGUUUCGGCUUCAACAUAGUUGGAGGAAGUCGACCCCGAGAGUUUCUGCAGGUGUACAGCGUCACACCUGGAGGACCGCCUGCUCUCAACACAGCGGACAUCCUGGUCUACAUCAACGACACCUGUGUGCUGGGUCGCUCUCACAAAGAAGUGGUGGAGAUGCUGAAGUCGGUACCGAUGGGUCAAAGCGUGGAUGUGGUGCUGAGGAGAGGAUACCCGAUGCUUUAUAACCCCGACGGCUGUCCCAAACUGAGCCUGGAGACGCAGCCGCAGACCCCCAGUGAGUCCAGCAACCUGAACCGAGGCCUGACGCACCUCACCUACAGCCGCACUCUGGACUCCAACGGCAGCACGCCAGGCUUGGCACAAACCCCGCCCUCUUAUGCCACUCAGCCAAUGACAAAUGGACUCACGGGCCCCCCCACCCCCACGUCUUCUGAUGCCCCACUGGGUCCACCACACCCAGCGGAGAGGACGCUUACCAAUCACAGUGACUCUGAUGGCGGCCUAUCCAAUGCAGGAACUCGAAGGUCUUCUCUGAUUCGCUACAACAGCAACACUCUCCCCGCCCUCUCUUCCACUUCCCUUCUCCAACAUCAGAGCUCCAAGUCCUCAGAGAGUGACCUGUCCACGUCCACGCUUCCCAUAUCCUCCUCCACGCUCCCCAUCACUUCGUCAUCCUCACACAUUCUUACCAAACUUCAGCUCUCUCAGCCCGAGACGGGCCUCCUCCAAAACUCCACCAGCUCCAGCACCACAAACAACACCCCCUCCUCUUCUACACCUCCUGGUCCGCCUGUGCAUCGCCCACUGAUGCCUCAGACCUCCCUCGCUCUGACCCCACCCAGAGACAUCCCACCCUGUGGCUUUAACGGGUGCCCGGCCAAUCACCAAGCACCCACCACAGCAUCCAGAGGAAACCCGGGAUUGGUGCUCCCCCUUGGAGCCGGGUCCCCGGGGACAGCCCACGGCGGGGAGCUCGUGCCGGUGGCUCUCGGCCGCAGUGAGAGUGGGGGACUGGGGUUCAGUGUGACAGCAGGAGGACAUGGGGGUCAACAGGCAGUAGUCAGGCGGGUUUGGGAUCGGAGGCAGUGCCUGUCGCUGCAGUCAGGAGACAUUAUAGUGAAGAUCAAUGGAGCAGACGUCCAAAGCUUCAGCUUCUCCCAGGUGCAGAGAGUGCUGCAGGAACACACCAAACAGGGAGAGGUUGUACUUCUGGUCUACAGAGGAGCUCCCGUAUCCUCUCCAGUCGUCACCCCCAACAUCUACAAGCCCCUCACCAUCCCACACGGAAUGACCGUCCCUUCCUCCUCCCACCCCAACACUUCAGCCGACAUGCCUUCCCCGUCCACGGGUGCCUUGGUGGGGGGUAUUCCCCCACUCAGCCAGGCUGGCUUGGCCCUUGAGAGUCCCCAGGAGGGGCAACUACCAGCAGCAGGGAACCACCAAGGUGCCCCUCCUGCCCAGACGCCUAACGGACCUCCAGCCUCAGCCCUCAUCCAGAGCACUAGCUUCCUGGACUCAGUUCCUGUGACGCUGACCUUAGAGCCACGUGACUUGUUGGGCGUGGAGGAGAGCGCCGGCGGCCCUCCUGCACUCAGAGAGGGUGGACUAGGAGCCGUUCCUAAGGAUGGAAGAGGAGGCGGAGGAGGAGUAAAGUCAGUGGAUGUGGAGCUGAGGAGGCGACAAGGAGAAGGCUUUGGAUUUGUUAUCGCCUCUCAGGAAGUGAGUGGAGCCCCAUCGCUGAUGUCUCACCGGUUCGUGACGGUGCGUCGUGGCAGCCCAGCGGCUCGCAGCGGGCAAAUCCAGCCCGGAGACCAGCUGGAGGCGGUGGAGGGUCGGCCGGUCGCAGGUCUACAGCACCGAGACCUGGCCCAGAUCCUGAGGAGAGCUGGGAACACACUGAGACUGAGCAUCACUCCUCGACACCAUUCCUCUUCCCUGACCGAAGCUGCAGAUCUGGACAUAGAUGGUCGGAUGAUAAAAGGACCCAGAGGGAGGUCAAAGCAGGAGGAGUCAAAGUUCUACAGCGUGGACCUGGAGCGAGGUCCUACGGGUUUCGGUUUUUCUCUGAGGGGAGGCAGUGAAUACAACAUGGGACUGUAUGUACUCGGGCUGAUGGACGGGGGGCCAGCCCAGCGCAGCAACAAGAUACAGGUGUCCGACCAGCUGGUGGAGAUAAAUGGAGACAGUACAGCAGGAAUGACCCACAGUCAGGCCGUUGAGCAGAUCAGAAGAGGAGGACAUCGAAUCCACCUCGUCCUCAAGAAGGGAAACGGAUACGUGCCCGACUACGGCCCUGAGGAAGGAGCCCUCUCCCCCUCCUCCUCUUCACACACUGAGGAGCUGGAUGUGGAUAUGAUAACCAUGACAACUGCCUCUCUCAGCCAGGAAAUGAGACGAGGAAGUGGUGCGGGAGAAGGAGAGAGGAGGAGGAGAGAGAGAGAAACCAAAAGAAGAACAGGAGGAGUAGGAUUAGGGCCUCCUGCUCUGGACCUGGACAUAGUGGAGGAGGAAGCACGGGUGCUGGAGAGGAGAUGGCAAGAGGAGGAGGAAAGGGAGGAGAGGAAGAGAAGAAGUCAGACUGUCAGGCAGAUGAAGCAGGAUUACCUCAAGGAGCAGGGGAGGAGGAGCAGGAGCUUACCCAGGAGCGAUGCCCGCCUCAGGGACUCACCUCUAUCAGAGGAGUCCAGAAGAGGAGGGGGAGAGAGGGAGAGGAGAGAGGAGAGAAACAGCAGCACCAACCGCCAUGCAAAGCAUGCUGGGAACUCGGCUGCAUCUCAGAAGGCAGCGUUCUCCUUCCUCAUGCCAUUGGACGAUGACAGCAGUGACAGACAUCUUUCCGACAGCGAAUCAACAGCCAGUUUUUCUGAGAUGCACCUAUCAGGAGCAAGCAUCGCCGCUGCUGGCUUGAGGGAGGAGUCUGAUUGGAGGAGAGCUGAGUUGCAAGAUGGGAACGCCCCGGGCCCUUGGCUGAAGCCGAGCACGCAGAGACUGACGCAGGUGCUGACGAGCAGUCAGAUCCGUGGGCGGGGACUAGUGGGUGGGCUCUCUCUCUGAUUGGCCAGCUGUGAGGGCAUUCUCCUCUUUUAUUUGCUGAUUUUUUUUUUUUAUUGGCUACUUAUCAAGGGCUUUUUUGAUUGGCCUGCUGGAGAAGACCCACCUCCUUCUGUGUCCAACUGGAUGACCACAGAAAACUCUGUUUCUAAUUGGCUGGUGGGUGACAUAACAGCUACACAGACCUGCCGAACCAACACCUUUAAUAUUACCCAUCAUGCCUCAGUACAUCCUGAGACCUGUAUCAUGAAGCUAUAUUGGGCCGCCAUCACCUGUCAGACAAUUUCAACCAUCUACUUAUUUUAUCUUCAUCUCGGGAUUCUGUUUUAUUUUGACUUGAUUCGAGUAACAUACGGGUUAGGGUUAGAUUACAGCGAUUGAAACAUUCACCAAAUCACCCGAGCUGCCUGUGGACAGCUGAACUCUUUGUGAUACAGGCUCCUGGUCUGCAGACCUGAUGUGACGUUUCCGUGUGAAACAUCACGUCUGCGUUUCAUGGCUUCAUCACGAUCAUCUUCACUCGCAUCCUUCCGACUUCAAAAUCGUAUGCAAACAACAUCCGAACCGAACAACGGCGCUGUUUCGUGAUUCUCUCUGUGUAAUCUGAGCAUGUGAAUAUGACUGGAAUGAUUUUUUUAUUUUUAUAAAGCUGAACAUGUAACAAAAUUAUUAUUAUAACGAUAUUAGAGAUUAAAUAGAUCCAGAGAUGAUUUGAUUUGCCUGCUUGCUUGUAACAAUGAAAGGAAAAUAACCUGAUGAUGUAACAGAGCCAUACACACGCACACACACGUACAGAUGUCAGGUCCAGCUGUGGUCCUGUCGGCUGUCGACGAACAUAACAUCACCAUGGCAACAUGGCUUGUCUCUAUAGCGACAGCCGCGGAGGAGCAGGACGACCUGCAGCUUUGGAUCAUAACAAGUGCCUCGUUUUGUUUCAGCCUUCGUCUUGCAGACUGUUGCUUCACUGAAGCUGCAGGCAGAGACGCACGCCGUCGCUUCCUGCAACACGUCAAACAACGCCAAGACCUUUCAGACACCAAAAUAUCCCAUCAUGCAACAGCCAAUACUGAGUUUAAUGCUUUUAUAAUUGAGCUAAGAAUCAGUUUGUUUGCCACAAAAACAAAACAACCCCUCAUGUCAUCUGAAUGUGUCUUCGCCUUAACUCCAGAGGUCCCAAAAAUAGGGCAGCAACUAAUUAUUUUCACUACUGAUAAAUCUUCAUUGAUUUUUUUUUCCCUAUAAGAUGUCAGAAAACAGUCAAAACAUUCUGCUGUAACUUGUCCAACCCAUGAAUGCAUCUUCAGAGGCCUUUUAUGGGUUUUCUUGUUGAAAGAUGUUUAAUUUACAUCAAUUGAAUCAAAGGAAAUCAUUAAAUCCUGACUUCUGGACAGCAGAGGCAUCAGAAAAUCUGGCAUUUGACCAACUAAUUAAAUUUAUCGAUUGAUUUUGUAGCUCUGUUUAAAACAACAGGAACAAAAUUUACACAUGCAGGACUUUACACAGACCUCAUCUGUAAUCUAUAAAAUCUCAAAGUACAAAUUAGAGUUUGUUAUUUUUAUCACAAAGAAAACGCAUCAAAUUCUGAGGUUAAUGAAGUUUGAAGUAAACCUAAUAAUUCUAAUUGAGCAAAUUACAGAAAAGAACAGGAAAAAAUCUUGUUUUUCUCUCAGAUGUCAGAAUUUACUGCUUGUCUUUGUCGUACUUGAAGGUAAAUUAAAUAUAAAUGGGUAUAUCAGAUAUCUGCAUCUGUAAGACAUUUGUUAAGAGUGUAGAAAUAGUUCUGUCAUUUUAUAGACAAAUCAGUGAGAAGCAACAGCGCAGCCCUGUGUUUGACAUUUGGACUGAGGGUUAGUGUGCACUACAGAGAUUUAAAUAACAUUAAAUUAACAGAUAAAACCAAAACACUGAUUAAUGUCCACAGGAUAAUGUGCAGUGAUGUUAUGUGAGACUGUCAGUGCAUUGAUACGUGCAUGACGUUCAGAGAAUUUCAGCCUAGAAGUUCAAGUUGAACAGUGCAAACAAUCACGCACACGUCUCUGCUGAAUAGAAAUAGCAGAAGAAACAGCGUCUAGAUUUUUCUUUUUGUUGUUCACGUAGCAGGUUUUUAUGCCACAUUUAAAAUGUUUAUUUUAAAGAAUUAUUCACGCGAGAGUACUUUAUUUAAACAACUAAUAACGCUAACAUCACGGUAAGGCUCCUUUUAAGGGGGACCUAUUCUGCCUUCCCUGAGGUCUUGUAACAAACCAAAGUAUUAAACAAGUCGAAGUAAAACAUGGAAGCCAAAAAAUAUUUAGAAGUUAGUAAAAUAAUUUAUAAAUUAUUUUUUCUAUUUUCACAAUAAAAUUGGCCAAUCACAUGGAAGUGGCUGUACAAAGGAACAGCGUAAGAUCGGUAAAAGAAAACUAUAAGUCGCUACGUUAGCUGAGUCCCCGAAUAAAGACCAAGAGCUGGAAAUGAGCAGAAUAGGUCUCCUUUCAGAAUCACACCUAAGAAAUGUAAAGUUUUUAAAAUAAAAGAUUAUAUGAUGUAAAAAUAAUAAAAUGGUCGCUGCUCUCUGCAGACAAACUGCAGAACAGUGUUUUCACACCCUA